AUGAAAGUCUACGCCAAGCUUUCAUUUGCAGGAUAUUCCCGAACAGAGAGAACAAGUCCGGUGGACACAGAGGGGGAGACCAACCCUGCAUGGAACUUCACCACUGGAUACACAAUAGGCAAGAAGGCAGUUGAAUACCAAGGCAUCAUGCUUGUUAUCCAGUUGUAUUGCAGCCGCACACUAGGAGACCGGUACAUUGGAGAGGUAAGCGUAUCUUUCAAGGACCUGUUUGAUGGGGCAGUGGCCACCGGAGGCAGCACUACUGUGAGUUACCCAGUGAAAAAUGGUGCAGCAGAUUCAAAGGGAGUGUUGAAAUUUUCGUACUCAUUCGGGGAUAUAGUGAUUGUUAAGAAACCUUCUGUCUGGGCACGAGGUAUGGCUGUUUCUGGUACGAUUCUGGUGAAAGUGAUUGCAGAGGUGGCCUUUGGAGGAGGCCUUGAUGAUCUGGAUAUUUCCUUCUCUGGAGAAGAUGUUCUGAUUGAUGUAGAUGUCCCGGUUGAUAGUUGGGGAAGUUCCUAG